AGUAUAAAUAAGGAUGCAGAAACUGCAAACAUGAAUAGCACACCAGUCUCUUUCUUUCAACAACGCUUCAAAAUGAGACUACUCGCUGUAUUAGUCUUGAUAUUUGUUGCCUACGCCAUCACUGCGGAGGCUCAAACCACAAAACCAACAACUAAACCGACCACAAAGCCAACAACAAGACCGACAACUACACUGUCAACAAAACCAACCACCAGAUCGACCACCACUUUUACAACAAAACCGACCACUAGACCGACAACCACACUGACAACAAAACCGACCACUAAACUGACAACCACACUGGCCACAAAGCCAACUACUAGACCGACAACAAUAUUCACAACAAAGCCGACCACUAGUCCGACACCCACACUGACAACAAAGCCGACCACAACAUUCACAACAAAGCCGACCACUAGACCGACAACAACAUUCACAACAAAGCCGACUACUAGACCAACAACCACACUGACAACAAAACCGACCACUAGACCGACCACCACUUUCACAACAAAACCGACUACUAGACCAACAACAACAUUCACAACAAAGCCGACCACUAGACAGACUACAACAUUCACAACAAAGCCGACCACUAGACCGACAACCAUCCUGACAACUACGCCAACCACAAGACCAACAACAAAUCCGACAACUAUCUCGACAUCUAAACCAACAACCAGUCCAACUACUAGGCCGAGUUCUACGUCAACACCUACUACAACGACAAUUGCACCAACGACUACAACCAAACAAACGACAACUGCGGCCACUACGACAGCCGCACCCGCAACAACGACAUGCCCCACAACGACGACAACCGUGCCCACAACGACUACUGCACGCACAACGACAACCGUACCUACAUCAACGACAACUGUACCCACAACGACGACAACCACGCCCACUGCACCCACAACUGCGCCCACUACAACGACUACAGCCGCACCCACUACAACGACUACAGCCGCACCCACAACGACGACUACAGCCGCACCCACAACGACAACUGCACCCGCAACAACGACAACCGCACCCACGACAACUGCGUCCACUACGACGACCACAUCCACAACGACGACAACCGAACCUACAACGAUGACCGCAACUACGACAACUGAAUCCACGACAACCGAUUCUACAACAAGUGAAUCAACAACCGGACCCACAACAACCGAUUCUACAACGACAACCGAAUCUACAACAACCCAACCCACAACGACAACUGAAUCCACGACAACCGAUUCUACAACAACUGAAUCAACGACAACCGGUUCUACAACAACAGAAUCCACGACGACAACUGAAUCAACGACAACCGGUUCUACAGCAACAGAAUCCACAACGACAACCGACUCUACAACAACCGAACCCACAUCGACAACUGAAUCCACGACAACCGAUUCUACAACUGAAUCAACAACGACAACCCAAUCUACAACAACUGAGUCAACAACAACCGAACCCACAACGACAACUGAAACCAUAACCGAUUCUACAACAACUGAAUCAACAACGACAAUCGAACCCACGACCUCAACCGAAUCUACGACAACCGAUUUUACAACUGAAUCCACAACGACGACCGCAUGAUAACCGAGCCGACAACUGAAGCCACAAUGUCAACAACCGAUUCUACAACUGUACUCGCAACGACAUUUGAGCCCAUUAUAACACCAGUUUAGUAAGCAACAAUAAUUAAACAUACAAUAAUAACUAUUCGGAUAACUACGACCACAAUAACUUUCACCAUGACGACAAAUUCACUUUCUACAACUGAUCCCACGAAAAUGACGACUAUAUGCUUUUUACAUUAACUACACCAACGACAACUAAGACAAAAACAACGCGUAAGACAACAUCUAAUGAGAAUUUGACAACCGACCCCGCAAUGACAAUGCUAAAUUCAAAAUUGCUAUCGUACAAGUAAAAGCUACUAAAGAUCCGCAUGCACCUAUCCAAACACCGAUAGCGAUGGUUUGUCCAAUUCUAUUACUUUUUUUCCCUGUUUGUUUUAUCAGAUAAAAUUGUAAGCCGGUCUAUAAAAUCCAGGUUUUUAAAAAUACCAAUACAUAACCACUUCAGCAGCAAUACACUUUCAAAUCCAUGCAA